AUGACCAACUUCAAGAUCCAGAUCAUCUCCGACAAUGUGUGUCCCUGGUGCUACGUCGGCUACCGCCGGCUCACACGCGCCAUCACCGCACACAAGACAACCCACCCAACAGACACCUUCACCCUGCACUGGCAGGCCUUCUACCUCAACCCGACAGCUCCGGGGUACCCGGGCAUCAACAAGCAGGAGAUGUACAGGGCGAAGUUCGGGGCCGCGCGCAUGGCGGCGAUGUUCUCACGGCUCUCGGCCGCCGGCGACGGCGACGGCAUUGCGUUCCGUUUCGGUGGGAACACCGGUUCCACGCGCGACUCGCACCGCCUAGUUUGGUAUGCGGGCCAGGAAGAGGCGCGGAUGACUGCUGCUGCCGAUGAGACUGCGCAGCCGCUGAGCACGGCUACUACUACCACUGCCGUGGGUGGGCUGCAGACACGUGUCGUUGAGAAUCUGUUCCGGGCAUACUUUGAGCAAGAGCGCAAUAUUACGGAUCGGGAGGUGCUGGCUGAUGCGGCUGCGGGUGCCGGGCUGGAUUGUGAGGCGGUGCGGAAGUGGCUCGAGUCUGAUGCUGGUGGGCCCGAGGUCGAUCUGGAGGCAGAGUCGGCGUCUAGGCGCCUGGUGACAGGGGUACCGUAUUUCUUGGUGCAGGACAAGUAUAGUGUCGAAGGAGCGGAUGAACCUGAAGGCUUUUUGGAGGUCUUUGAGCGGGUGAAGCGGGAUGAAUAG